AUGCCGUUCGAGGACAUACCGCUCAACGACGGGAACAAGAUCCCUGCGAUAGCUUAUGGAACUGGAAGCGUCAACAAGGGGAAGGACAUUCACCUCUACGUCGAGCAAGCCAUAGAAGUCGGCUUUUCUCACAUCGACACCGCCCAGUACUAUCAGAACGAGGAGCAUGUCGGGACUGCCAUUCGGGAAACUGGGCUAGCGAGGUCUGACCUCUUCGUGACCACGAAAUAUGGACGGGGGAGUGUUUCGGCUGCCUUUGACGACAGCUUAAAGAAGCUCGGAUUGAAGUAUGUUGACCUAUACCUGAUUCACAAUCCCCGUGGUGUCGAGAACGGAGACCUUGAGGGCGUCUGGAGGAAGUUCGAGAAGUUCCAGGAGGAUGGGUUGGCGAAGAGUAUCGGAGUGAGCAACUUCACCAUAGAAGAUCUUCAGAAGGUGCUGAAGACUGCUAGAGUCACGCCCGCCGUCAACCAAAUUCACCUGCACCCCUACAACAUCUCCGAGAACAAGGAAUUGCUGGAAUACCACGCUAAACACGGUAUCAUCACAGAAGCGUAUGGGAGUCUAUCGCCUAUUACGAGGUACCCUGGGGGCCCCGUCGACGUGCCACUGAAGAAGGCGGCUCAACGCCUGGGAAUAACGCCGACACAGGUCGUCUUCCUCUGGGUAAGAGCGAAGGGCGCUGUUAUCGUUACGACAAGCUCGAGUAAGGAGCACCUUUUGGAGUACCUCGCUGUGGGUGAUCUGCCCGACCUCACAGAAGAAGAGGUAGCGGCUAUCGACGAGGCGGGUGCGAAUGGCCCGCCGAGCUUCUUUACCAGAUAUCGCAUGCUCUGGGUCCAAGCUGUCUUGGGGCUGUUGCUUGUACAACUUCUAUUCUUCUACGGCGCUUUCGGCAGCUUGACGAAGUGGCAUGGACAGUAG